AUCAGUCUUGAUCACCCCUAUUGAUGGCUCGGUCGGUCCCAGUCUCGGCCUCUGUCUCACUCGCCUUUCUAUGCGAUUUUACAAAUCUAUAGAAAACAUCAGCGGAUAUAAGUUAGCGGGUUCUAUAAAUUUCAACCCAGAAGAAGUUUGUCUCAUAUUCCUCUCCUCGUGAAUGAACGAAGCUGCCGCUAGCUCAAUUUGAGGUCGCCGUCGCAGCGACCAUGCGACAGAGACAUAGUGCUUCUGCUACAGCUGGUGGUGUACAAAUAUCACAGAAUUUGAAAGACCUCCCUGAAGAAAAAUUAGAAGAAUCAUAUCCAUGCUUGUCAGAAAAGAGAGUGUUUUUGCUUUGUUUGGCUGUGCGAGUGUUGAAUUCCUUGCUUGUACAGACAUAUUUCAACCCCGACGAGCAUUGGCAAGCUCUGGAAGUUGCACAUCAAAUUGCAUUUGGGUAAGCUAUGGACAUCUAACAUGGGAAUGGAAAAAGGGUAUCCGAGGUUAUCUGCAUCCAAUGAUAUUUGCUCUUCUUUACAAAGUUCUCGCAGUACUUGGUCUUGAUAAACCUUGGUUCAUGAUGAGGGCUCCAAGGCUGCUCCAGUCAAUAUUUUCUGCAGUUGGUGAUCUCUACUCAUAUAAACUCUCUCGCCUUCUUUUUGGCAAUCGUGUCGCUAGAUGGGCAUUAUUUUCAGAGUUGACAAACUGGUUUAUGUUCUUCUGCAUUACACGGACAUUGUCAAAUAGUUUGGAAACUGUCCUUACAAUCAUGGGGCUGUAUUACUGGCCGUGUGUGAGAGUUUCAUCCAGUAGUGAUGCCUUAUCGACGAGGAUAUGGGGCGUGGUAGUGGCAGCAUUAGCGUGUGUAAUUCGACCAACAAGUGCCAUUAUAUGGAUGUAUGUUGGUCUUCUAGAGCUUUCUUUGGCCCGCGAUAGAAUGAGAUUCAUUUUUUUGGAGGUUCUUCCUGUUGGGGCGCUGGUGCUUGGACUGGCAACUUUACUCGAUCGGCUAGUGUAUGGCUCAUGGGUUUUAGUACCUCUGAACUUUCUCAAGUUCAAUUUUCUUUCUUCUGGAGGCGACUACUAUGGAACACACAAGUGGCACUGGUACUUUACUCAGGGAUUCACAGUGAUGCUCUUUACAUUUUUGCCGUUCUCCUUAGCCGGCAUCAUCAUGUCCAGAAAUUGGAGGCUUUCUGGGCUUAUUGCCUGGGUUUUAGUACUUUACAGCGUACUUGGCCACAAAGAAUUCAGAUUUGUUCUCCCCGUGCUUCCGAUAACCUUGAUGUUCUCGGGAUUUUCUCUAGCUGCAAUAUCGACACCCUACAGUUCUGAUAACAAGACAGCAGAAGCUUUGAAACAUCACACUAAAUGGCCCUCAAGAAUGCGAUGGGCCAUCUGCUUCUUGCUUGCAACUAACAUCCCUAUGGCCUUGUACAUGAGCUUAGUUCAUCAGAGAGGAUCUGAGGAUGUGAUGAACUUUCUUUCGAGAGAAGCUGCAAAAGAUAGAGUGAAGAGUAUCCUUUUCCUUAUGCCCUGCCAUGCCACACCUUACUAUUCAACCCUUCAUCGGGACCUGCCCAUGCGUUUCUUGGACUGCUCACCAAGUGAAGAGAGGGGUGUUCCAGAUGAGUCGGACCGUUUUAUGAUGGAUCCUGUGGGGUUUGUAAAAGAGCUUGCAAAUGAUUGGUCACUACCAAGUCACAUAGUGUUAUUCGAAUCAGAAGAAAGAGCGUUGAGGGAAUUCUUGCUGUUGCAUUCUUUCAAAGAGGUCAAGAGAUUCUUCCAUGCUCACUUCAAAGUGGAUCGCGACCUCCAAUCAUCAGUGGUUGUCUAUGCUUUGACAGGUCAAUGAGAUAUGUUCUCGUGCAUUUGUUAUUCGAGUUUUCUGCAAGUCUGAAGUUUUUUUUUUUCGGUUUCACAUCCUAUUUUCACUUUGCUUGAGAAAUCCAACUGCUUUUGAGAGUGUGAAUACUGAUCAGAUUGCACUGGCAAUUCCUAGGCUAUGAAGAAAUUUACACGAAGUCAUUUUGCA